UCCUGCAGAGAGUAAGGGGGAUGACAGUUAGAAGUUGGGGAGUCCAGACAAUCCGGCGGUUCUUCUGACGGUGCAGCCCUCCAGCAACAACAUGAUGUCCGCUAUAGAGACCGGUACUGCCAUGUACCAACCUGCACAGCUGCUCAACUGGGUUUACAUGUCCCUGCAGGACACACAGAGCAACAGCUUCGAUGCGUUCAAAGACGAGCCGGAUCCUUUCCAGGACUUGAAUAACUCUAAGCGCAGCGCAGCUGAUCUGAGCACCAACUAUCUCAACAACUUCUUCCAUCUGAGGAGCGAGGCUUUAAACAACAAUUUCUACAAGAACUCUUCACCCUAUGGAUCCAUCAACAACAUAGUGGACGGCUUGAGCGCCCUGGCAGACCAUUUCUCCGACCUCUCCCUGUCACCAGAGACGCGCAAACCUAGCAAAAGGCCACCGCCCAACUACCUGUGCCACCUCUGCUUCAACAAAGGCCACUAUAUCAAGGACUGUCCUCAGGCUCGACCCAAAGGUGAAGGUCUCACCCCCUACCAGGGCAAGAAGAGGUGUUUUGGUGAAUAUAAAUGCCCCAAAUGCAAGAGGAAGUGGAUGAGCGGGAACUCCUGGGCCAACAUGGGGCAAGAGUGCAUCAAGUGCCACAUCAAUGUUUACCCCCAUAAGCAGCGUCCCCUGGAGAAACCAGACGGCUUGGACGUGUCGGACCAGAGCAAGGAGCAUCCACAGCACCUGUGUGAGAAAUGCAAAGUCCUUGGCUACUACUGCCGCCGCGUGCAAUAACUCACUCCAGCUCCACCUCCUUGACUUCAUGGAGAAGGGACAUGGUUACAUUUCUGUGACUGAGAAACAUAUGGUGAAAUCCUUUAAAAUGUCAUAAUACAUCUAACGUUUGAUUCCCAGGUGAGACGCUGGCUGACACUGUGACUCUCAGUCCUGUACAUGCUCCACGGUAUCUCAGUAUUUUAUUAUUAUUAUUAUGUGAACAACAGCAACGUCCUGACUAUGACCCAAAAACCUUACCAACUGUGAAUUUAAAGAAAAAAAAAACCUUUUGCUCAGCGUCUGUAUCGGAGCAAAGUUUGUGAAUGAAGCUUCCACAUUGACAUGUUUAUAUAUUUCAGAUAUAACUUAUAUCUUUUCUGUAUAAAAUAUGCAACAAGUCUUUACCUUGAAGGAAAUGCAGUGUUUAUGUGUAUCUGCAACAUUGUUUGUAAUAUCAGUACUGGAGGGUACAUAGUUUUUAUUGUGGAAUAUUUGCAGUCACUAAGCUGUUAAAUACACUUUAUAAGGGAAUAUAUUAGCCAUUAACAUACUGUAUAUUCUUUGUAUACGUGCCUGCAGAAGGGUUAUUUCUUCUGAAUCGUAAAACAAUGCAAUAUUUUAGAACCGUGCUUUUACUGACUAAUAGGUCACAGUGUACUUUUGUUUUGGCACCCAGUGUCAGAUUUGUUUUUCCAAAUAUGUUAUUACCUCUUAAAUGUAAAACGAGAGAAAAAGGAAUUUUAAACUUGAGUUAACCCAAAACCGUAGAAGGGAGGGAGCAUGUGCAUGUUGCUCAGGAGUUUUUAAAUUUGUAAUUAAAGUAAUAUCUAAUGUUUGAUGGAACUAUUACUGUGCCUUAGCUUGUCUUAUCCAUUAAAUGGAGCUUUGGGAAUUGUUUUUUUUUAUUAAAUGCUUUUAAACACAUUAUGAACGAACUCCUCUUUUAAUUUCAACCUCAAGUUUAUAUUUAACAAACAAACAUAGUUUAGUUGAAAUACGGAAAUUCUAAUUGAUCGAUGUGAUGUAAUCACCAAAGUGUUGUGUGGUGUGGGGUGUUUCUCUGAACUCCAGAGAGGAUCACUCACACCAAUGGGAAUCAUUUAUCCUGCUGUAUUUAACAUUGCAUUUCAGGGCGGGUUUUUUUUGUUGUAACUUUUGGCACAGUUUGUGUAAAGUUUAUCCAUAUGUUUGGGAGCUGAGAAAACCCACCAGGCUGAGAGGCCAACAAAUGACAUCAUCCCCAUAACUCAGCCAGAUGGUUUUAACAUAAGAAAACAAGAGUUUGUAUCAUUUUUAAUAUCUCUCCGCAUCUGGUUUACUGAUCAGAUUUGGCUUCACCUACUUGUAUACUUAACAGCACUGAGUGAUAGCAGUUAGAUUCAUUGGUGCAGAUUUUUCUUUUGAGUCUGAACCAGGAAAAACCUAUGUGAAAAAGUAAAAAGAGGUCGUUGAUUAGUUGUGGAAAAAAAAAAAAAGGAUCCAACUCCACAGAUGUGAACAGUCACAUCUUUAAUUCAUAAGGUUUAUGUUUGGCAACUUAGAUUUUUCCUGUCAGGGAUGUUUUGACAUUUGGAUCAUGAAUAACAACACAAAUCACCGAGCAGAUCACAUUAAAAACAAGGACAUUCAUCCUACAGCACUGUGGCGUCCAUUUCACAUUUGUUUCGCAGCACACGGUUACGUGCGCUUGUUGACGGU